UACCUGUUACUCAUGUGGUUUAUCAGAACUGACAGCGAGUCUCACACUACGGAGGAAAAACGUGGACAAUAACUUGCCGUUUUGCGUUAUUUUUCAGUAAUAUUAUCAGUUUGACAACGAGUCAAAUACCAAGCGAAAAUGACAAAACAGUCCUCAUUGUUACUUCGCAAACAAUUAGCAGAGCUCAAUAAGAAUCCAGUGGAAGGAUUUUCAGCCGGUCUUGUGGACGACGAAGACAUCUACAAGUGGGAAGUGCUGAUCUAUGGACCCCAGGAUACAUUGUAUGAAGGAGGUGUAUUUAAAGCAUCCCUCACCUUUCCUAAAAACUAUCCCUUGAAACCCCCCAAGAUGAAGUUUAUUACAGAGAUCUGGCACCCAAAUGUGGCUAAAAAUGGUGACGUGUGCAUCUCCAUUCUGCAUGAUCCUGGUGAGGAUAAAUACGGCUAUGAGAAGCCUGAGGAGCGCUGGCUGCCAGUUCAUACAGUGGAAACUAUAAUGAUCAGUGUAAUAUCCAUGUUAGCUGACCCCAAUGGAGACUCUCCUGCCAAUGUAGAAGCAGCGAAAGAAUGGAGGAAAGACCCAAAUGGAAUCUUUAAGAAGAAGGUUGCUCGCUGUGUUAGGAGGAGUCAAGAGACUGCUUUUGACUAGAAUCUUUACAGUUCUUUUUUUCAGACCUAGAGUGUUAUUUCAUACCUGACAGUUUCGACUGCUCACUAGCGUCUUCCUCAGAGUGGUCACGUGAAAAAAAGAACCUAAUAACAUAGAAUAUCGGAAGACCAAAUGAAUCUCAUUGGACUCCUUACUCAUGUUCUUUUUAGGUUGGAACUUGACAGGAACAAAUGACGUUGCACUUUAAUAAGCUCUCAGUGCCAAAGUGGAGCGUCUGUUUGUUACAAUGUGUUUUAUUUUCUAAUUUGAGUGUGUGAAAUAAUUUAUUGCCAUUUUAAAUAGGAUUAUGUUGUCUUCUCUGUGUCCACACUACUAUAUUUGCCUCAUUUGAUUUUUAAAUGCAGUGUUCUCUCAUUGACUUGUUCAAGUUCUUAUUUAUUUCAUUAAUUUCACUUUUUUGUAAUGUAUUUGUAUUUUUAAAUUCCGCAUUGAGCCAUUCACACAAGAGUUUACAAAGUCUUUUGUAUCUUUGUUUGGUUUUUCUUUAUUGUUAUCAAAGCCUUAUGUCUUAAAGUCUGUUGUCAAAUAAAAUGCGAAAUGAA